UCCAUUCAACCACAAAAACCCUUCAUUUCUCUCUCUCUCUCUCUCUCUCUCUCUCUCUCUCUGUGAAACCAGAAGAAGAAGAAGAAGAAGCUUUGUGAAAACCACAAAUGGCUGCUGACGUGACCUCUCUUGUUCGGGUUCUGAACGGAUACAAGGAUGAUCAGCAUCGAACGGUGGGUAGUGAUUCUAGCGCUGAGAAAUCUGCGGCUCUAAUUACUCGGGACUUGCUUGGUGGAUCCGCAUCCAAGCUUGUGAAUGAGACCCAAGAACUGGACCUCGAUUUGCAGGUUCCUAAUGGAUGGGAAAAGCGUCUGGAUUUGAAGUCAGGGAAAGUCUACCUACAAAGAUGCAAUGCUACACAUUCAACUUCAGUCUCAGACCAUAACAAUCAUAGCAAUCCAACAGUUCCAAAGCUUCAAGAUUUAAAUUUCCCGCCGUCACCAUCGUCUAAAACCCCAUUGAACCUUUUCGACGAUGGUAGCUUGGAGUUGAAGUUAGUGUCAUCACCCCCAUCCUCAUCCAAUUAUCAAAGUGUAUGCACCUUAGAUAAAGUAAAAUCUGCACUUGAAAGGGCAGAGAAAGAGCCUGCUAAAAGGCGUUCAUCAUCGAUAUGGAAAUCGUCUUUGUCGUCAUCGCCAUCUUACUCGUCUUCAUCGUCUUCGAUGAAAGAAACACAGGAAGAAGAACAUGAAGAGAAGCUGUUGUCAUCUCCAUUUGCAGCAGGCUGUCCUGGAUGCUUAUCUUAUGUGUUGAUAAUGAAAAACAACCCAAAAUGCCCUAGGUGUAACUCUGUUAUACCAUUGCCUAUGAUGAAGAAACCUCGAAUUGACCUAAACAUGACAAUUUGAAGGAUGGAAGGAAAAAAAAAAAAAAAAAAAAUGAAAGUUAUUUGAGCUUCAUAUUAUUUUUGUAUAUGAUAGAUUACAAGUAGGUGUUUCUUCUUAAGAACUCAGAUUUGUUAGGAAUAGGAGAGUAUGUACAUUUCAAAAAAAGGUCUGUGUUUUUCUUCUUUUCUUUUUCAAGCAUAAUUGAUAGAAGUUCUCAUCCAAUUUCUUCAAUCUACUUUUUUAAGUUGUAGUUGUUUUUUGUCCAUGUUCAUAGUGAGAAUACAGUUGAAAAUUUUUAGGAA